GGCAAAUCCGAUAACCAAAACAAACCAAAAAAAAAAAAAAACAAGCAACGUCGCCGCACGUGUAAAUUAAUUAUUUAAUUACGUUACACAGAAAAAUGAAGCCUAAGAAGAAGUUGGGAGUCGGUCUAAGCCGGGAGGAACGACAAGUUCUGGUCGUCGGUGAGAUCAUUCAGGAACUACUGCGGGCGCAUGAGGCCAAAAAGGAUGUGAACCUAAACCGAAUGAAGUCAUUGAUAUCCUCCAAAUAUGGACUGGACAGCUCGCCGCGCCUGGUGGACAUCAUUGCAGCUGUGCCACAGGAAGCCAAGAAGAUCCUUUUGCCUAAGCUAAGGGCCAAGCCCAUUCGCACAGCCAGUGGGAUCGCUGUGGUGGCGGUUAUGUGCAAGCCGCAUCGCUGCCCACACAUAAACAUGACAGGAAACAUAUGCGUGUAUUGUCCCGGCGGUCCAGACAGCGACUUUGAGUAUUCGACGCAGUCGUACACUGGCUAUGAGCCCACUUCAAUGCGAGCCAUCCGAGCACGUUAUGAUCCAUUUCUGCAGACACGGCACAGGGUCGAACAGCUCAAACAACUGGGACACAGUGUGGACAAGGUGGAGUUCAUCGUGAUGGGCGGCACGUUUAUGUGCCUGUCGGAAGAGUACCGGGACUACUUCAUCCGUAAUUUGCACGACGCUCUCUCUGGCCACAGCAGCGCAAAUGUGGCCGAGGCCGUCCGUUACUCAGAGAAAUCUCGAACGAAGUGCAUUGGAAUUACGAUAGAAACACGACCAGACUAUUGCCUCAAGCGGCACAUCUCCGACAUGUUGAACUAUGGCUGCACCCGGCUGGAGAUUGGAGUUCAGUCGGUAUACGAGGAUGUGGCAAGAGACACGAACAGGGGCCAUACAGUGCGCGCCGUCUGCGAGAGUUUUCAACUGGGCAAGGAUGCUGGCUAUAAGAUAGUGGCGCACAUGAUGCCCGAUUUGCCCAACGUGGACUUCGAGCGGGACAUCGAACAGUUCAUAGAGUACUUUGAGAAUCCUGCUUUCCGUUCCGAUGGCCUUAAGAUCUAUCCCACGCUCGUCAUUCGUGGCACUGGGCUCUACGAGCUGUGGAAGACCGGACGCUACAAAUCCUACCCCCCGUCCAUGCUGGUGGAUCUAGUGGCUAAGAUUCUAGCUCUUUUGCCUCCAUGGACGAGAGUAUACCGAGUGCAGCGAGACAUUCCCAUGCCAUUAGUGAGUUCUGGUGUGGAGCAUGGUAAUCUUCGUGAAUUGGCUUUGGCACGUAUGAAGGACCUCGGCACCACCUGCCGCGACGUAAGAACGCGGGAAGUAGGCAUCCAGGAAAUCCACAACAAGGUGCGUCCCUACGAGAUUGAGCUAAUACGUCGCGAUUAUGUUGCCAACGGUGGCUGGGAAACGUUCCUUUCGUAUGAAGACCCCGAGCAGGAUAUUCUCGUUGGGCUGCUGCGGCUGCGCAAGUGCUCACCGGACACUUUCCGCCCAGAGCUGAAAGGAGCCUGUUCUAUUGUCCGAGAACUUCAUGUGUACGGCUCCGUGGUGCCAGUAAAUGCUCGUGAUCCCACCAAGUUCCAGCACCAGGGCUUUGGCAUGCUGCUGAUGGAAGAGGCGGAACGCAUCGCCCGUGAAGAGCACGGCAGCACCAAGUUGGCAGUCAUAUCGGGAGUGGGUACUAGAAAUUACUACCGAAAACUGGGCUACGAGUUGGACGGACCAUAUAUGUCAAAGUCUAUAGGAUGAAGAGAUAACCUAGUUUUCUACUGAACAAUGAAAUAUUAAAUAAAUCUUGUUUUUAAAAUAAACAGUGCAAUAGCUGGGACUAAUUUGCGCAUCUUAAUAGACAAUAGGGGAAAAUUUAAUAACAGAUAAGAUUAUAUAUAUAUUAGACAUCUGCAUGAUUCAUAACAUACUUCUAAUAGAGUACAUUCCAAUCGAAUAGAAUGAAGUGAGUGGAAUGAUGGAAAUGAAAUGACAUUGUAUGAAUGUAAGCUUAGGUUCCUCUCGUAAUUUGAGACUCAUUUUUAGCAUUGUGCAUUUGAAUGUGGGUUUUUUGCCACUCAUGCAGAUGUCUAUUAUAUAUAUGAUUAGAUUAGAGGAGGUUGAGAGAAAUGAUCGAUGUGAGAAAAUAAGUCAGUCGAUUGAUGGUAACGAACGUAAACGGAACUUGCUGUGCUGCCGCAUCGAUUUUAUUAAGUAACCAUGGAGGAAACUACUGGACAUACUAAAGGUAUUACGGCUCUUACUACAUAUAUUUUGGGUUUCGCAUGCAGGUUCGUCACCGGUACUUUACCUCGUCAAGAGGUUUUUUAUAUGAUAAAAUGUUAGCCAACGUACUUAUAUUAGUAGCUAGUUUAGGUGGAAUCACAUACGCAGCAGUCAUCAAAGGCGACGUCUGGAUUCAUUCCACAUCACAGUCAGCCUUACCAUUGAAGGCAGUGAGAGGUGGACACGAUGUUGACGGCUCUCCUCUCUACGUUGGGCGUGCCUAUCACGAAGGCGGUCUGCUGCCGCUAAAAGUGAGUCCAAGCAAAGGUAUGGCCUGGUUAGCUAACUACGGUAGGGAGCACAGAAAGACACACUACGACGUGCUUGUGGGUGAAGGAUAUCACUGGGUCGCUGAUAGUUAUGGUCAUGUGCCAGCCAAUGCAGUAAGCAGUGGAAAAAACAAAGGCGGAGAAACCUUAUAUAUCGGUCGUGGAAAUCACGGCAAAAGCCUGGUCAUAGGAAAGAUUCAUCAAUCACAUGGAUGCCUCUAUGUCCCAUACGCGGGAAAGGAAAUAACGAUUAAGAAGUAUGAUGUCCUAGUCCGCAAGUAGGAUCUUGCUAGUACUGUAUUUUAAUAACAUUAUUUUGUGUCAUUAAUUGAUGUUUUUAAAUAAAAGUACGAAAUAAACUACAA